CUGCGGGAUAUGGUUCUCAUAAGCGAUCAUGCGUUCCGCGGUCCUUUCCUAUCGAUUCAAGCCGUGCGCCUGAAGCGGCUCGUUUUGCACGGACCGAUCCUCCAGUCCAGCCUCGAGCACUGCCGAUCGCUCGCAUACCUCUUCCUUGCCACGUCCGCGCAAGCAGUCUUCCUGCCGCACCACCGCGGUCUCGCCAGCCUCGACCUGUCCUCCGAAUCCCAGAUCAUAAGGCACAUGGAGACAGUGGUAGAUUCCCG